AUGGAGCCUCUGGAGCCUCUGGCGCCGCCGCUGCGCUCGGGGCCGCGGGCCAAGGCGCUGGCCGUGCUGCUGGCGCUGGCGCUGGGCGCGGGGACGCUGCUGCUGCUGCGGCUGAGCGCCCGCCCGCCCCGCGCCCGCAGCUUCUACGCCUUCGAGGUGAAGGACGCGGCGGGCCGGCCCGUCUCCCUGGAGAAGUUCAGAGGCAAAGUCACGCUCGUUGCCAACGUGGCCAGCGACUGCCGGCUCAGCGACAGCAACUACGCGGGGCUGCAGGCGCUGCAGCGCGAGUUCGGGCCCUUCCACUUCAGCGUGCUGGCCUUCCCCUGCAACCAGUUCGGGGAGGCCGAGCCCCGCCCCAGCAGGGAGGUGGUGUCCUUCGCCAGGAGCGCCUACGGGGCCACCUUCCCCAUCUUCCACAAGAUCAAGGUCCUGGGGCCGGAGGCCGAGCCCGCCUUCCGGUUUCUGGUGGAUUCUUCCAACAAGGAGCCGCGGUGGAACUUCUGGAAGUACCUGGUCAGCCCCGAGGGCCACGUGGUGAGGUCCUGGCGGCCCGAGGAGCCCGUGGACGCCAUCCGGCCUGAGGUGGCCGAUCUGAUCCGGCAGAUGAUCGUCCGGAAGAGGGAGGACCUCUGA